CCUCUUCCUCCCCCCGCCGCGCCCUCUCCCACCCCCUCGGCCCCGGCGAUGGCGGCGGGCGGCGGGCGGGAGGCGCCGGGCGCCCCAUGAGGAGACACAAAUCAGACAAAACCCCAGGAGCAAACCCCACCAUGCACCCCGACUGUGCCCAUCUCCACAGCAUCCAGGGCAGCGGCGAUGAUUCCUCCUCCUCCUCCUCGGCCAGGCUGGUGGGAGAGAGCCCCUGCCCGGGGGAUGUGCGCAUCCAGCUGGGCUCCGGCGCGGCGGAAUCCAGGGAAAACGCCGCCUCCAGGGCCUGCAGGCCGGGCUCGCAGAGCCGCUCGCACGGGCAGGCCCACGGGGAGGCAGGAGCGGCCGAGGAUGCGGCCGCGGAGCCGGAGGAGCAGGGCGGCAGCUCGCUGUCCGAGCUGCGCUACCUCCUGCAGUGGCUGCACAAGAGCCUGCCCUACCUCCUGAUCCUCGGUGUCAAACUCCUCAUGCAGCACAUGACUGGCAUUUCUCUUGGAAUUGGGCUGCUAACAACUUAUGCAUAUGCAAACAAAAGCAUAGUAAAUCAGGUUUUUCUCAGAGAACGGUGCUCCAAGGUGCAGUGCACUUGGUUACUGCUCUACCUGAGUGGAUCAUCUCUCCUCUUGUAUUACACCUUCCACUCUCAGUCCCUGUAUCACAGCUUAAUCUUCUUAAGCCCCACUGUGGAUUUUAUGAACUUUUGGGAGGUGCUUUGGACUGUGGGAGUCACAGACUUUAUUCUGAAAUUCCUCUUCAUGGGCUUGAAGUGCUUUAUUCUCCUGGUGCCUUCUUUUAUCAUGUCCUUUAAAUCCAAGGGCUACUGGUACAUGCUGUUAGAAGAACUCUGCCAGUAUUACCGUAUGUUUGUCCCCAUACCAGUUUGGUUCCGUUACCUCAUGGCCCAUGGGGAGCUGGACACUGCACUGGGAUGGAGCCUUGGCAUUCUGCUGGGCCUUCUCUACCUCAUCCUCAAGCUUUUGAGCUUUUUUGGACAAUGGAGAAACUUCAGGCAGGUCUUACGGAUAUUUUUUACACGCCCACACUAUGGGGUGCCAGCCAGCAAGAGACAGUGCUCUGAGUCUGAUGAUAUUUGUUCCAUUUGCCAAGCUGAAUUUCAGAAGCCUAUUCUGCUGAUCUGUCAGCACACUUUUUGUGAAGAAUGCAUCUCUUUAUGGUUUAAUAGAGAAAAAACCUGUCCACUCUGCAGAACUGUUAUUUCAGACCAUGUUAACAAGUGGAAGGAUGGAGCCACAUCUAUGCAUCUCCAGAUUUUCUAAAGCUUGUCAAACAACUCGGGUUCCAGUUUGUUUGCUCACACUAAGGUUUUUCAGUUUACUGCAGAUUAAACUGUAGGUGGCACAAGGAGGGAGUUCCCAAAUUCCAGAUGCCAUGUAUUUAAAACAGUGCUGAAAAUGGCAACUUGACCUUUUUUAAGUAGAGAAAACUGAAGUUUUCAGAAUGGAUGCAGAAAAAGCCAGCAUUGCUUCUCUUGUGAUUCUCAUAGGAAACAGUCAAAUCCUUGAAAUGUGCUGCAUUACUUCUUAAUUCAACAUUUUCUUUUAAAAGUUCAGUAGGGUUCCAGACUGUACUAAACUAUACUAAACUGUAUUUAUCCUUCUAACACAACUCAAGCCAAAAGGUCAACCUACUGAUUUUAUUAAGAUUAUGAGCAAAUUUUACACUCUGGACUGCAGUGAGAAUUAGAGCUGCUUGUCACUCUUGGCAUUAAAUACCUUUAAUGCUUGCCCAGUAAAUGAGAGAAAUGAGCUUUUUAAUGCACCUGGAACAGCAGCUGUUUCUCACUGCACCUGUAGAUAAGCACAAGAACAAGAUAUUUUCCCUUUAGGUUCUUGUAGGCUUCUAAUGGAUCCUUGGCUUAAUCUUUUGGCUUUAAACCAACCACUGAUGUUAGUUUUUUACUUAGCAUUUUAUAAAGCUGGUAUUUUUAAAAGAAAUCUUUAAUACUAUAUUUUUGUCAUAAUAGGAACCAGAUUUUCUUACAGGGGAGAGUCUAUUUUAUACUCUAUUUGCAAUUUGUAGUUUGCAUAAGAAUCAGAGAGAAUAAAUGCAUUUGAAUCUAUUUGUUUGGUGCAUGUUGAAUAAAGGAAGACGAUUCCUUAUUGCUUUGGUAUGAACUCAUGUAAGAACAAAACAACUGCUCACUGCCAGGUGUAUUUUUCUGGUUGAAGAAAACAAAAACCCUUUAAAUGUUACAAUUUAUUCAUGACUUUUUAUGUUAUUUCUAACACUAACUCCUGUGUAACCUCACUUUCUUCCCUGAUUUUUUUUCACUUUGCUAUUCAGAUCAGACUGAAAACAUAACUCAAAUUAUUCUGUUACAGGAAAGUUACAUUUAGUUACCAUUCACUCAAACUUGUCUUGCCUGAAGACAUUUAGGGAACUUGUAAAUUCAGGAAAAACAAUUAGAAAGUGAAACACUUACUUGAAUACCCUAAAGGUACAGCUCCGAGGGCAGAAUCCAGUACUCAGAAUAAAAAUCUAAUGAGAUGGAAGAUUCAAGCUAAGAAAUAUCAUUACAUCUGGCCUGUAAAGCUCAGGAUUGUUUUAUGGAGUACAACAAAGUGUGAGUGUUUUCAAUCAACCCUGAUCCUUUGGGCUCUGUCUACAACAUCGUAGUAACAAAAGUGUGCAGAUAGGUCAAAACCAGGGAUCAGAGAACAAUUUCUCUUCUUUCUGUUGAUUUUUCUAUCCAAACCCAGUAAUAUUAACAAACAUGUUUUAUUAAAAAACCAAGAAUAAAGAAGAGAUGUUGGUCAGCUGGUUUAGAUUGGCACUUCAUCAAUCAAACAAGUCAUUCUCAUCUUAGUCACAGACAGGGAAAAAAGUGAGUACCUGGCAUGCAGGAAUGGCAUCCUCUGUGACCCUGAACUCCUCCUUCUCCAGACACCAGCACCUCUGAGUCUGCAGGGACACACAAGGUGACAAAUGACAACCCACAGUCAUUUUUAAGAGCCCAAAAACUCAGGGGAAAGUAGCAGAAGGAACCUCUCGUGGGUCUUUAUUCCUGAGGGAAUUCCUCCUCCAUUUCCCAUCAGAGCUCUCAGGAAAGACAAUGAUUUACAUUUCCUGUUAUACUUAGGGCCUGCCUACUUCCUAAACUAAAAACAAAUAGGUCACUUGGAUUAACAUGUGUUUAAAUUUGCAUUUAGUUGCUAUUCACAUCCACCUGCUUUAGCUCUUGAGGAUAUUUAGCUGCAGUAAACUGUGAGAGAUGAAAACCAGGACAGGGAUUACCUUUGUUUCUGCUAAGGCAGCUCAAGGGUGUUCUUGCAGACAGCUACAGAUGGAUUUAGUCUAGAAAAGAGCAACUGGAGAAGUUCAUAUAUGGGAGCUGCACACAAGGAUUUGCAGGAAAAAUAUUCAAGUAAUUUGCUUUGUACUUAAUGAUUUCUCCUUUGGAUAAAGGAUUUCCCUCUGAACUGGGAAAAUGAAACAGCAACGAGCCUGCUGUAGAGACAGAAUUUAAAUCAACCAACCAAAGCCCAAACGUCCGCCCUAAAAGCAGAACAGCCUCCUCAAUGUUUGAUGCACUUUUUGUUCAACACUGAGAGCAGGUUGGGAGUUAAUACUGAGAAGAGAACGGACCCAAAAUAAACUUCAGCUGUACACUUAGAGUGGACUCCAACAUGAAAUGUUCUCCAGCAGUUCAGCUUUUAAACAGCACAGCAAAUGAACAGGGAUAGUCAAAAGAACAACUGACUCGUUGAUUUUUAUCUUUUAUUAUGAGCUAAUACCAGGAUGACAUUCAAAUGUCAGAUGGCACAAUUAAGACAGUCUUGGUAGGAAUUAUUCCAGCAUUCCCAAAAUUACAAUUUAGUACACGAAUGGCGCCAAAUGUAUGCAUCACUCCCACAGAGAAAAAUGAUGGAAUUCUGAAUAUCUUCUACCAGAAUAGUUUCUGCAUCAAAUGGGAAAAAGAAAAACUGCUGGUAACACAGCUGACCUAGAAACCUUUUCUGGUAAUGACCUGCAGAACAAAAUAUUUCCCUAUUUAACAUCUAGUAAAAAAAAAUAUGACUUUUGUUCAAGUUUAAGAUUUAAUACUUUUAUAUGGUUAGCCACAACAGGUAUUAACCUCAGUUUUACUAUAUUUUUGUAAUGCUACAAAAAUCCUAUAAAAUCAAAUUAUAGUGAAUUUUUCAGUGAUUAUAAUUAAAAAAGCGCAGCUUGUACAAAAUAAAAAAAAUAAGAUUCUAUACUCUAAUGAAAAAUUUAAGACAUUUUUAAAUGAACAAAAGAAAGCACUUGUUAAGCUCUCCAAUAUUCAAUGCAUUCUGCACUUAUCUGAAAUAGCCAGACAGGAGCUAGAACUCCACUCCCCUUAGUUCACAACUAGUAAUUUUGACACUAUUAUAUAUAUAUAUAGAGGAUCUAUGUCUGAUAUUUUUACAAAUAAAUACAGGAUAAACCAUAUUGCAUAGUGUGUGCUUGCUGUCUGAGUCACACUCCCAAAGUUUCACAGUUAUGGUAGGGAAUUCAACUUACAAUCUACGGGCUGAAACAUUGACAGUACAUGGAAUUUUCCUUGGAAAACCAAUGGGUUGGGUUUGUGAUCGAUCAGUGAACUCAGACAAACAACUCUUGCCAUUCUUGCCAGCCAUUAAACCAACUCCACUGGACGAUUCUAUCCAGCCAAGCAAAAGCAACUGGUAGCUGUGACCAGGACCAAGAGAGAUCUGCCUCUAAAAAGUUCUUUUUUUUUUGCUUUUAAACCAAGUUCCUUUACCCUCAGUGAAUGUCAGGAAAGUCCAGGUGCUGUGUGUUUGCAGACAGGCCCAGUGCAAACACUCCUGGAUUUUGGUUCCACCAAAUCACCCGUGGCCACGUCACCAACUGAACAGUGGCAAUCUUCCAGUCUGUCACUGUAAGGUAACUUGAUUUUCCUGCUAAAACUAAAAAAAAAAAAUUAUAUUUUUCAACAAAAAGCUUAUCAGGAAGUAAAAAAAAA